AUGGUGAAGCAAGAGAAGAUCAUGAAGAAGGCCGGCAGGAAGGAAGCCGUGUCCAUCAAGCUCGCCGGCUUCCCUGGCGGCGCCGACGGCUUCGAGCUCGUGGCCAGGUUCUGCUACAACAACGGCCGCGUCCUGCUCUGCCCCUCCAACCUCCCGGUCCUGCACUGCGCCGCCGUGUUCCUGGAGAUGACCGAGGAGGUGUGCGCCUGCAACCUGCUGGCGCAGGCGGAGGCCUUCGUUAACGGGCUCUGCUACUGGACCUGGGGCGACGUGCUCACUGCGGUCAGGAGCUGCGAGCCCUUCGCCGCGGCGGCCGACUCCUCCGGCCUCCUGGAGAGGCUCAUCUCCGCGCUCUUCUCCAAGAUCACCGCCACCCCGGAGACGCCUACUGCCGCCGCCUCCGCCGCCUGCGGCGGCGGCAUGGGGACACCGAACCGCUCCUCGUCGUCGUGCUCCUCGUCGCCCGACACGGUGGGCUUCGGCCGGUCGUCGUCGUCCGCCACCAAAACGCCGGAGUCGAUGCGGCCCUGCGCCGGCAGGGAGUGGUGGUUCGACGACAUGACGUCGCUGUCCCCGCCGACCAUCGAGAAGGUGAUGCGCGUGCUCGGCUGCUACGGCGUCGAGAACAAGAACCUGAUCCUGACGCGGUUCCUGCUGCACUACCUCCGAGCCGCCACGCGCAGGCCGCCGGCGCUCUGCGAGGGGGAGCGGGAGGGCGCCGCCGCCCUCGCCGGCCUCGCGGACACGGCCGUCCACGGCGUGGCGCUCGUCGGGGGCACGGCGUUCUCGUGCCGGGGCCUCUUCUGGGUGCUGCGGAUCGUGUCAGCGGUGGGGCUGAGCAGGGAGUGCCGGCACAAGCUGGAGCGGCUCAUGGGGCUGAUGCUGGACCAGGCCACGCUCGACGAUCUCCUCGUCUCCGGCGACGACGGCGGCGUGUACGACGUGAACCUGGUCAUGAGGCUCGUCAGGGUGUUCGUGGCCUCCGAGGAGGAGGCCGACGCGCCGUCGCAGAGGAUGCGGAAGGUGGGGCGCCUGGUCGACAAGUACCUCGGCGAAAUCUCGCCGGACCACGGCCUGAAGGUGUCCAAGUUCCUCGCCGUCGCCGAGAGCCUGCCGGACUCGGCCAGGGACUGCUACGACGGCGUGUACAGGGCGCUGGACAUCUACCUCGAGUCGCACCCGGUGCUGUCCCUGGAGGAGCGGACGACGCUGUGCCGGUGCCUCAACUACGAGAAGCUGACGCUGGAGGCGUGCAAGGACCUGGCCAAGAACCGGCGGAUCCCGCCGGGCGUGGCGGUGCAGGCGCUGGCGUCGCAGCAGUGCAAGCUCCACAUCAGCGAGCCCGGGCCCGGCGCGGCGGCGCCGGCAACGAAGGAGCGCCGGCCCGACCCGUCGGCCUGCUCCCAGUCCCAGACGCCGAGGAGGAGGGUCGCCCGCCGCGCCACCCGCAGCGUGGACCUCGGCGGCUGCCGCGGCGGCGGCGGCGACGACGAUGAGAAGGAGCUGCUGCGGCUGAACCUGCAGAGGAUGCAGAGCCGGGUGGUGGAGCUGGAGCGGGCGUGCAAGGAGAUGAAGGGCCAGAUGUCCAAGAUGGCCAAGGGCAAGUCCUUCUCCUUCGGCGCGGGCGCCGCCUCCUGCCACCAGACCGGCGGCAGGGGCUUGCCUAGGCUCUGCUGA